AUGCAGAGUCCCAUUUACUGCCAUUUCGAAGAUGACAAGCCACGGGAGCCGGGCAGCAGGGAACAGAUGCUCAUGCAGCUUGGCAAUACCCCUAGCCGUUGUGAGCGCCUGCCCUGCCCUGACAGGACGGAAUGCCAGCAGCUGCCCUUGAGAAUCACUUCCUACCACCUCUCUUUCCCCGCCAACCUCCAGGGCCCCCUUGACAUUUUCCGCAUGGGCCCGUCCAAUGUUGUUUCCGGGGAUCACCUUCAGUUCGCCAUCCUGAGCGGGAACGAGGGCGGCUUUUUCGCGAUAAAAACUUUUCUCAAACUCUUCACCAAGUGCCAAAAUUGGAUCGCGCACACAGUCAGACAUGAGAAGACAGAUACCAUUCGCUGCAUUAAAUCCUGUCGACCAAGUGAUGCCAACUGUAUCUUAGACCCUGUUCACACGAUUUCCCACACCGUUAUCUCUCUGCCCACUUUCCGGGAAUUUACGAGACCAGAAGAGAUUAUUUUCCUUCGUGCCAUCACGCCAGCGUACCCGACCAAUGAGGCUGACAUCAUAUUUGAUAUAACUGAAGGAAAUUUACGGGAUUCUUUUGACAUCAUCAAGCGCUAUGCAGAUGGCAUGACUGUGGGGGUUGUUCGGCAAGUGAAACCUAUCAUUGGUCCUUUCUACGCCACCCUGAAGUUGGAGAUGAACUACGUCGUCGGAGGGGUUGUCUCACAUCGUAAUGUUGUCAACGUGCACAUCUUUGUUUCGGAAUAUUGGUUCUGAUGGGCUGUUUAAUGAAGAGAAGAGAGCAUCAAAGCGAAACUCCACCACUGGAAGCUCUGUAUUCAUGGUUUCGGGUAUGGGGGAGGAUGUGUAGAAAAAGGACCACAUAGCCUUCUUUUCCAAGGAUGUAAUCUGGUUUCUAGCUUAAUUGCAGGACAAAUAGCAAACUAUCUAAAAUAGAAGUAGGAUAUCAAGGCCUGUAAAUUCACGGUAGUUAACAUUGUGUUGUAUAUACAGUAUGAUUAUUAUUAUUAUUAUUUUUUGCGUCUGGUGGCUCUCGUUGAGUUUUAAUCUCAGCUGUUUUUUUAAGUGCUUGAGACUGGGUUUGGCAGAUCUGGGUCUUGCUGUCUUUGAUGCUUGCACCUCCUUGAAGAUUUUACCUGGCUAUGAAUUCUUUUUUAAAUUGUAGAACUUAUUUUUUUAAAAACAACUCAUCUGGAAUCAGAACUAACUCCAGCUGAUUGGGUUCCGGUAGUGGAAAUGGCGACUUGGGUCUCCUAACCGGUAGGGAUGAUGUGUUUGCCAUGCCCCCGAACCAGUUUCCCGGUCUCUGCAACAUCUUCCCCCCCCCACCUUUUAAAAUCUUUUGCGCAUGCGCAGACCUAUUUAUAGGAAACUUCAUGUGCGCAAAAUCACUUCCGCACCGAACCAGCAGUAAUGCCGGCAGAUACUCACUCCCGGUUUCUUCCUACCGGCAUUGGACCCCCUAAUUCCAAGUCACCAACAGUAAUAAGUCCAGGGUAUUGUUUAGUAAUAUUUCAGAUCCCUGUUUUACCUGGCUGUGUGCUUUGGUUUCUUUUAAAAUUUGACAAUGUCAUUAGCAAUAGCAAUAGCAAUAGC